AUGGCGUAUUCCCUGCUGGAUGAGCGCCUCUGCGAUCUGGUGGUUGCCGUCAAACGCUGGGCCGAGCUGCGAGGCUUGAGCGGUCAAACCAGGGGCUACCCGGGCGGUUACUCCUGGAGCCUCCUGGCCCUGGCCUUUGCUCAGAGGGCCGCUCCGCCCCUGGUGCCUUCGCUGCAGGCCCUGGCUACGAAGAGACGGCUUUGGGAAGAGUCGGGCGAGUGCUACAACGUGGCCUGGGCAUCGGCCGCAGAUGCGGGGGUGAAGACUGCAUCUGGGUCUCCCGAGCCAUGGACCUCGCCGGCGCUCCUGGAAGCCUUCUUCCGCUUCUUUGCAUACGGCUACGACUUCAAUGUCGAGGCCGCCUCGGUGCGAGUGGCCGAGCGUGCCCGGCGGAGCGUCGUCGGUCGUCCGGCUCUGGCCCUGGAAGACCCUCUGGAAACGGACUGGGACCUGGGCCGCCUACUGGACGAGCAGCGCCUGGCACGACUCCGUGCGGAGCUGCGCCGCGCCGCCCGGCGGCUGCGUGGAGGCACCGGUGAGAGAUGGCUAAACCUUGCCUCCUAA